UAAUGUGACAAAGUAAUGUUGAAACUUUCUAAAAACAGGCAUUGGCGAAAUGCCCCCACCCACAGCACCGAGGGAGGGACCCACCGCAAGGACCAAAAUGAUUUGUCUGUGUCCGGCCCAGUACGGAAAGAAAAAGGGAACAAAAGUCGUGAAAAGUCGCGCCCGGCCCAGUGGACCGCGCCCACCCAUCCACAUCCACAUCGGCCUGGCCCGGGUCCACGCGCGGCUCUAGCUAAUAAACCCCUAUAAAACCCCUCGGCCAGUCACAGCUUCCCGUCCGUCCCUCGUUUCCUCCUCCCACCGGAAACAAUGCUCUCCAUGACCAUGACAGCCAUGCCCCACCGCCUCGCCCGCUUCCUCCUCAUCCUGCUCCUCGCCGCCACCGCCACCGGAGCCGGCGCCGCCACCCCGCGCCAGCUGUUCCUCGUGAGCCAGCCUCCCGUCACGCUCACCAACCACCACGGCCAGCUGCUGACGGGCAACUACUCCGUCAACCUGCUCUGGUACGGCCGCUUCACGCCGGCGCAGCGCGCCGUGGUGGCCGACUUCAUCCUGUCGCUUUCCCCUUCGGUGUCGGGGACGGCGUCCGUAGCGGCGUGGUGGGCCACGACGGCGCGGUACCACCCGGGCGCGGCGCGGCUGUCGCUGGGCCGGCAGGUGGUGGACCCGACGCUGUCCCUUGGCCGCCGCCUCUCGGAGUCCUCGCUGGCGUCCCUGGCGUCGCGCCUGGGCCCGCACCGCGGCACCGUGGCGGUGGUGGUGACGGCGGCGGACGUGCUGGUGGACGGGUUCUGCCUCUCCCGCUGCGGCCUGCACGCAUCGUCCUCCUCCUCCACCCGGAACGCCACCAGCAGCAGCGGGCGCGGUGGCCGCGGUCGGUUCGCGUACGCGUGGGUGGGCAACCCAGCGGAGCAGUGUCCCGGGGAGUGCGCGUGGCCGUUCCACCAGCCACCGUACGGCCCGCAGGCGGCGCCGCUGGUGUCCCCGAACGCGGACGUGGGGAUGGACGGCGCGGUGAUCACGCUGGCGACGCUGCUGGCGGGCGCCGUGACCAACCCCUACGGCGGCGGGUUCUUCCAGGGCCCCGCGGAGGCGCCGCUGGAGGCCGUGUCGGCGUGCGCGGGCGUGUUCGGCAACGGCGCGUACCCGGGGUACCCGGGGCAGGUGCGCGUGGACGCCGCCACGGGAGCUAGCUACAACGCCGUCGGGGUGGCAGGGCGACGGUUCCUGCUGCCGGCCAUGUGGGACCCCGCGACGGCGCAGUGCUCCACGCCGCUCGUGUAGACGGUGAAGGUGGAAGGGACAUUGCAGUCGGUGCGAGUGCCAGUGCUGGUGUCGUGUUGCCGUCCGGAUUCUCGUGUCGUGCUCACAUUGUAUAUAUCCAUUCCGUUCGUGGUCACAACUUGAAAACCAAAAAAAAAUAAAACGUUGUGAACAAAAUCAGCAGCAGGUUGGUUAAUGUGAUGUACCAGUAUUACUGUUGUGUUGGCAGUCAUCAUGAGUACGUACUCAGUAAUAAUAAUAAUAAAAACACUGACUGUGUGUGUAGGUUUACGUA